AUGGCCAGCAAGAUCAUUCCUUCCUUAUCGAUGCUAAAGGCCUUGCUGGGAUCCAAUGAGGAGGUGGCCAGACUUUUGAAAAAAUGUGCGUGGUUUUUGAGGUCCGAUUUGGAGAAAACCUUAAUGCCAAAUGUGGAAAUCUUGAAGAGUUGUAGUAUACCAAUGGAGCGUAUCCUUCAAUUCCUCUACACUCGGCCGAGAUGUUUCUUAGUCAGGCCGGAUAUUAUGAGGAAAUCUGUAGACAGGGCCGUGGAAUAUGGGAUCUCUCGGACUUCGACUGGUUUUAUCCACGCUCUCGGAGUUUUCUCUUCUACGAGUGAAGGGAUGUGGGAUGUCAAGUUGGAAACUCUCCGUAAUUUGGGAUUUUCUGAUGAUGACAUAUUCACAAUGUUUAGGAAGCAACCUAAUGUGUAUUCAGCAUCUGCAAAGACAAUGAAGAAUAAAAUAGAAUUUUUGCUUACUACCAAGAAGUACAAUAUAUCCAAUAUUGUCACUUAUCCAGUGGCACUUAUGUGCAGCAUUGAGAAGAGGCUUGAGCUUCGGAUGCAAAUUCUAAGACUUCUGGAAAGUAGGAAUCUCAUUGAAAAGUGGCCUACUCUUUCAACACUUUCUAUAUCUACAGACGAUAAAUUUUUUGAUGGCUUUGUUAGGCCUUAUUGUGACGAGAUUGGCCAAGAAUAUAUCACAAAAAUAUGUCAAGCGCAAAGGUAA